AUGAGCACGCAAGAAAAAACGAUUAAAUCUGACAAUAAUCAUUCUUUUAUUUCAUCAAACGAUAAUUGGAAAGUCGAUUAUUCUAAAGCAUAUAAAAUAGCAUCACCUAAUUAUACAAUUGGUCGAUUAGCACCAAUUAGUGGUCUUGUUCUACAUGGAACAGCAGGAGGUGGUACAAUUGAAUGGUUUUUAAAUCCAGCAAGUAAAGUUUCAGCUCAUUAUGUUGUUGGACAAGAUGGUAAAAUUACACAAAUGGUAAGUGAGGCAAAUACAGCUUGGCAUGCUGGUGUUGUUUCACAUAAUUCUAUAUUAGCUAAUAAAGGCAAUCCAAAUAGUUAUUGUAUUGGAAUCGAAUUUUCACUCAAUGAUAUUCGUAAUCGUUAUCCAAAUAUUGACACUUAUUUUCAUGAUGAAAUAUCAAUUGGACGUAUUUGUCCUGGACCUAAUUUUCCUAAAACAUUAUUUCGAUCAUAA